AUGGAGUCUCCAGAGCAAGCGGGUGCCUCCUCUGAAGCAGCAUCACCUGGGGAAACGGCGCCUGAGGGCGCGCAUUCGUUCGACGCAGCGAUUGCAGCAGCAGAAGCAGCAGCAGCAGCAGCAGCAGUACAGAGCUUAGAGGGAGGGGAAAGCGACUGCAUGAGCAACCUGAGCUGCUGCAGCGAGAAGCCUCGCAGGGCCCGCUUCGUCCGUUGCUUGGGCCCAGCAGCAGCAACACUGCUGCUGACGCUGCUCCUCGUGUGGCAGCUGCGACAAACUGGGAGACGUCUCCCGGCUGCUGUUGCUUCAGGGGCCCAUAGAAAGGGAAGCAAUUUAUAUCCUUAUGAACAAAGAGACAGUGAUGAUGCCCCCUUGCUUCCUUCUCUAUCUUCUGAAGGGAUGGGUGGGGGGACACCCCAGGGAGCGGGAGGAGACACAAUUAGUUCUGCUGCUGCUGCUGCUGCUGCUGCUGCUGCUCGCCCUGAUGACGAGGAGCAGCAGCAACAAGAGGGUGCUGCUUCUUCUUCACCUAAGCAGAUCCCCUCAGGUGUGCGCAAGGGGACUGCAGCAGCUGGAGCACAGCAGCGGGAGACACCUGAGGAGACACCUGAGAUGACUACACGCCCAUACAGAUGGAAGGUGGGUGCAGAUGAAGACGACGAGCAGCAGCAGCAGUCGUUUGGUGCAGCAGAGCAGCACGAGGAAGCAGAAGAAGAAGAAGGACAAGAAGAAGAAGACGACGAAGAAGAUGCAUACGCUGAUGAUGAAGAAGACUAUGAAGAUGAUGAAGAUGAGGGCUGUCCAGGGCAGCGGAGACUACUGCCUCCUGAAGAUUUUUCAUUAGCAGAGAGUUUGUCUCCUCAGACAGAAGAGACAGAGGACGGCGAACCUGCAAAGAGUUUUCAAGCAAGUAUUGAAGAGAGGAUGGGGUACCCCUCAAUCAGCAGCCUUGAUGAGCCU